CUUUUGCUCUCUUCAGUCAAGAGCACAAGUGGCAAGCGCGUCCUCCGGAGUCGGGCUAUAGGCACCGAGCAUCUCCCGAUUCUAACGACCAUAACACGUAGUUUUGACGGCAGAAUACCACGACUUGAACUCGUAUAUGUUUUGCAAGUCAGCACAACGAGCACUCCCAUGCUCUUUUUGAAGGACUAAGACACCUUAGUGAUGUCUUCAUCCGUGAGCGGGACAGAGGAGGUGCACGUGUCGGCGUUGACGCCCCUGAAGUUGGUGGGGCUGCUUUGCGUCUUCCUCGCCCUGUGCCUGGACGUGGGAGCCGUUCUGAGCCCGGCGUGGGUCACGGCGGACGACCAGUACUACCUGUCCUUAUGGGAGUCCUGCUGGAAGCCCGUUAGCUCGGCGGAGUGGUCCUGCAACAGCACGCUGGCUACGGACUGGCAGAUCGCCACGCUGGCCCUGUUGCUGGGAGGGGCCGCGCUAACCCUGCUAUCCGUUCUUGUGGCCCUCAUGUCCCUGUGCUGCAGUUCUAGAAGUCGCUGCUACAAGCCCGUGGCCAUCAUGCUCUUCUCUGCAGUGGUCCUCCAGACAUGCAGCCUAGUCUUGUUCCCCAUCAAGUUCAUUGAGGCAGUCACUCUGAGGGUGUACCACGAGUUCAACUGGGGGUACGGCCUGGGGUGGGGAUCCACCAUUUUCUCCUUUGGAGGGGCCAUCCUCUAUUGCCUCAAUUCCAAGAACUACGAAGACUACUAUUAGAUCAUGAAAAAGAAGAAGAGGAAGAGGAACAUCACACCGUCUUGGAACUUUCGGUCACACUGCACGAUCACGGGGCAGAAUAACAGCAAAAAUAAAUGAUUUCAAAGACAGUACAGAGCUCCAGAUGGAUGCGAAUUGGUGAUGUUUUGCCCCUAAAAUUUAAGACACUGAAACUAAAGCUUUCAGAUAUUCGCACAUGUAUGGCCAAUAAUUAAAAAAAAAAAAUCUUGAAUAUGUUUGUUGCUGGCAAAUUUCUACCCCACACGUCCAUCUAUUUAUCAAUAAACAUGAGUAGAAGUGUGAAUAUUUACUUUGCAAGUCAUUUUGUAAUUCACGUGCGCCACUAAAAUUUCUAUUUACGUACACUCUGGGGUCACUCUGCUCCUAAAAAAAAAAAGGAAAUCUGGAGCUCUGCAGAAUUUUAUGACAAACAAUAUGCACACACACAUCUUUGGGAUUUUGAAUGAACGGGUGGGGAAAAGGAAUCCACAAUGUGACAUUUAGAGCCAGAUAGCUUGACUCAGACAUUCUAUGUAGACAAAAGUAUUGGGCCAUGUGUUCAGUGCACAGAGAGCAAAUCAAUCAUUUGUGGCUUGAUGUCAGACUUUUGUGGUUUUGGUUUAUCACACCAAUAUGAUCCACUUUUAUCUUUGUGGAGAGGAAAGGUCCUUCCCACAACACUGUAAGCAAUUGUCAAAUAUGUCUUUUAGAUCAAGAAUUCAGAUUGAAGGAGCUGAGUCCAACUCCUGACUGAUGAACUGAAUAAUAAGUGCAUGUGUGUGGCUAAUUUUGUCGACAAAGUGUAUGUUUGCUAUCCCUUUAAGUGGAGCUCCAGUAGGUCGUAGAAUUAGGCAGGCAAAUCUAGGGAGAACAGAUGGAUCCAUUGACCCCAUGUGAAGAUGAAUGGGUGGACUGAAUCAACCAAUCAGAGCAAGACAGAAAAUAACAGGAGGAAAUCUAUUCCAUUCCUCAAUCAGGGGAUAAAUGGCUCCAGGAAGGAAACAUGUCCUAUUGAGAUGACAUCCUGAGGAUGUCACAAAUAAAGGGAGCCUAAGACAAAAACAAGGAACACCCAAGGAUAUACGACAUUCCUUUUGGUCUUCUCACUAACUGCUCAGCAGCAUCGUGUGACAUGGGCAGGGGGUGGGGGGUAGGCUGGGGGGGUUGUAUUUGAACAAUUUAAAAUCUGAACCAGCGGGAAGGAAGUUGAUAGAUGAUCAUGAGUGCGGGAUCUUCCAAUUACACACUUCCUCAUGUGAUGCCUCCUUGAGUUUGUGCUUUGUUUGUCAAAGAGGAUCAUUGUAGUGUACUGUAUUUGUCUCCUGUGUAUCACACCUCUGUAUGAGAUGCUCGGAGCAAUGCUCAGUGUAUGAAGAUUUGUGUAUUACAGUAAAGCAGUCAACUGGAAAACUGUACUUUCAAGGAGACACUUUCCACGGGGAUUAAUGAUCACGAUAUGAGUUAAAAUGAAGUGACAAACAUCAUGAACAUUUUUUUAACACAACCGACGUAAAUUGUUGUUACAUGCCAUUUUGUUGGACAGCACAGAUUAAAAAUAAAGACAUUAAAA